AUGACGUUUCGCGAAGCCUACGAACGCACCGGUCGCAUCCUCAACGUCUCGUGCGUUCCCGCCGACCCGCACUCGCCAACGAUCCUCUGCAACUAUCUCACGAGCCCCGACUGCGUCAUUUGGUCUGCGGUUCUGGCUUCGGCCGCCGUUCCCGGUAUUCUCAACCCUGUUGUACUGUUGAUGAAGCAGCGCGACGGCACGCUGGCGCCAUACUCGUUCGGCCACAAGUGGAAGGAUGGCAGUCUGCGCACCGAUAUCCCCAUCAAGGCGCUGAACCUCCAUUUCAACGUCAAUUUCACCGUCGUUUCGCAGGUCAACCCGCACAUCAAUCUCUUCUUCUUCUCCUCGCGCGGCUCCGUGGGCCACCCUGUCACGCACCGCAAGGGCAAGGGCUGGCGUGGCGGGUACGUCAUGUCGGCCGUCGAGCACUACCUCAAGCUUGACAUGACCAAGUGGCUCAAGUUCAUCCGCCACGCCGAGCUGUUGCCCCGACCGCUGGGACAGGACUGGUCGCAGCUGUUUCUGCAGCAGUUUAGUGGCACGAUCACUAUCUGGCCCAAGUCGGUGCCUAGCGAUUUCUAUCACAUCCUGUCGGACCCGGAUCCACCGCGGCUUGCAAGGAUGCUGCACGAGGGGCAGCAGCGCGGGUUCCCGAUUCUGAAGUUCAUGGGCAACAGGCUCAAGGUUGAGCGGAUGAUCGAGCAGGGGCGAAAAGAGACGAGACCGUGGGCUCGCCGCGGCAGCAUCGAGACUAUUAUCAGCGAGGACGACAUGCGAAGUUUGAUGGUGACGGGGAACACAGAUAUUGAAGACGAGUCGACGGAUGACGAGGGCAAGCUGACGACCUCGUUGGAUAACGAGAACGCCAUUAUCGAUGGUGAUGAGGAAGGAGACGAUUUCGAGAAGCGGGAUUGA